GGUUACGCUACCGACUAUGAACGUUGCUGAUUAUUUCCAAUAUGGCCGAAUAGAGAGCGUCGAAGCUCGGUUCGUUGAAAUUCCUUACGAGAGCUCCUACAAUAUGAGCAUGUACGUUAUACUUCCGGACAAAGUCGAAGCUGAUAAUUCGAGACUGUUGCGUCAACUUCGGCCCGAGAUCCUAACGAGGAUGCUUUCGAACAGCACAGAGAAAUUCGUCCAGCUUUUGUUACCGAAAUUCAAGAUCGAAACUGAAGUUCCCCUUCAUAAAGCAUUUUCAAGGUCAUGUGAUUGGAACUGUUUCCCAUUCAAUCUGAAAACCAACUCAUCAAAAAUCUCUGACACUCCUCGAUUUCACCGUGUACGACAAGCCAAAUCAAAAGUCGUUUUCGAAAUAGACGAAGAAGGCCUCCAAACUCCGAUUUCACAUGGAGGGCUUCCCGGGAGAAAUGAUCGCUUCAAAAAGAAUCCACAGUAUUUCAUAGACGAAGACAAAUUCGUGAUGUUCGCAGCGAAUCGUCCUUUCAUUGCAAUUGUCGUCAGCAAGGGAAAAGUUUUCAUUCCUAUUUUUUACAUCGAUUUUACUCUCAGUCAAUUCAGAGUCAAAACAGGUCGUCGUCGGCCCACGUCUCCGUGAGCUGCGUGUCGAGAAAAUGCUCAACAAUUCUGUCUCCAAUUAGCAGCGUUCAACUUCCAAACCCUCCCAUGAUGAUGAGCUGAUCUCAUGACUCGAGUUCGAGGCGUUUUUCGAC